CAAUCAUGAACCUUAUUGAAUUUAUGAAUGACUUUGUCAACAAAAAAUCUUAGGUGGACAUCUCAAUAAUGAAGCAGUACAUCAAUUUUCGUAACAUCCAACAAAUUAAUUUAGAGGAAUUCGGUCUUGCUCUCACACAAAUGAUUUCAUUCCUAAGCGAAGAAGGUAAUUCCUUUUUUAUUAGACUGGUAGGAGACAUUCAAGAUUUAAUAUACAUGUCCAUCCACAUGGCUAAACACUCUUCCAAUGCCAUUCUCAUUACUCAAGCACUCAAUACUCUGACUGUUUUAUUAUUCAAUUCCAAUUUAAUUGAUCUAAGUAAGAAACUUGCCAAAUUCAAUCUCAAGCACUACUUGAAUGAACAACCUCAACUGUUCCUGAUCACACACCUCAAUCUAGCCAGGAUUCAUUACUGCUAAUUCAAUUACAACAAAUGUUUCAGACUAGUCGAACGAGCAUUGAUCAAAUACGAACCCUAUGUAAACUCAAUAUUAUAUCACCAAGAUAUUCAAAGAGAUGAAAACCAAUACACCCAAAUUGCAAAAGAACCCAUCCGACAUCAUCCUCCUAUUGAAUGGCUACCUAUUCUAUGGAAAGUGCGUUCAGCAACUCUAAAAACAAUAAGAAAUGCUCGACAUUGAUUAUGAUAAGUUCUUCCACAAUGGCCAAAAGAUAUGUAGAAAGUUUCUGAAUUCAAACCAUUAUUUGGUUUCCUACUUUACCCAAUAGCGAAGUGUUUCCAUUUCCAGAAAGAGCAUCAUGAUCAAACAAAAAGGAAAAUCAAUUAAGGUAGCAGAUGCCAAAAGAAUUAGUGCCUCUUGCAACAUCCUUAUGAGACAAAUUAAGGUGUAGACUCAAAAUAACCACAAAGAGUAAUAAAUCAAAGCUUAAUCAGAAUCAGCCAGAAUAGAUAUGGGUGAAUCUGGCACCAAAAGUUCAGAAAGAAUGAUUAAACAAUUUAGAGUGCAUUCCCCAAGACAACAACCUAUUGACAUCUAAAAUAUCAUUCAAACUAAAUUUGAUCACUUCGUCUAAACUUUUAGCAAUAAAAAAACUGAACCCAAAAUAAAUGCUUUGGAGAAAAGAAUUUCUGAACUUUAAAAAGAAAAUCUCAAAAUGCAACAGCAAAGAUUAGAGAAGGAGUAAGAAAUUAAUGAAUUAAAACAGAAAAUUGAAGAAUUAGGGAAUGAAUCAAAUAAAAUUAAAUUAAAAUAUGAAGAAUAGCAAAAUGUAAUACAUGAUCGAUUAUCUUUUGGAACUGUGGUACCUUAACAAUUUGAACAACAUUAAUAAAAUUUAUAAUUUCUCCCUCCUCCCAAACAAAUUAAUAGACAAAGUACUACUGAAAUUAGGAGCUUGAUACAAACCUUAUCCUAGGGUCAAAUUGAAGAUACAGUUAAAGUGCUAAAAAUACCUGAUAUCAAUCUCAGCAGUUCCUUCAAUGAUGAUAUGGAAAUCACUAUUAUUGAUUGUAAUUAAUGAUAUAUUUAUAUAGAGCUGGAUUAAGGCAGAGAAUACACUAUUCUACUUCAGAAUGACAUCACUAUCUUGAAGAAAGUUAUGUUUGAAGAUACCUUGUAUGAGAUUUAAUGCUCAAUUCAUGGGAAUCAUCUAAAAAUUUAUUUGGAUGCCGAUAAAACUGAAACCUUCGAUAGCAAUGCACUUAAUAAUGUAUUUAGGUUGUAUUUACAGUUAGUUUUUUUAAGUUGCAGAAUUAAGAGCUGUCUUACCUUAUACUUGUCCAUUGAAAUGUAUAAAUUCAUUCAACAAAUUUGUUCAACAUCUAAUUCUACCGUUUGUAGCCUUGAAUGAUAAUUAAAUUAAGUUAUCACAUGCACCCACUGGAAUCUUUAGUGAAUAAAAUAAGUUUUGGAUCUUUGAGGAGGAGUGCCAAAUUACUGUGGUCACUAUUGAAUAAUUCAUUCUUAGAUUGAUUAUCACAGGUUAAUAAUAAUAAGGUUGGAUAGAUAUGCAAUUUGAUUAAGCCUCUUUAGAUUUAUUCUUUGAUUCCUACUUUAAUGAAGAAUACGAAAAGGAAUCAAUCUAGCAAAUCAUUAGAGUCAUUAAUUAAACUUAAUAAUAAUAGAUGCAACCUACUUCAAAAAAGGUUACUCAUCAAGUCCAUAGUUAUGUAAUUAAGAACAAGAUAAGAUUCAUUUAAUUCUUAGAGUCACUCAAGUAGAAUCUUGAAAAUGAAUUGGCAAAUAUAUUUUAAAUUGAUGAUUUAGGUGGAUUUUUUAAUUUAUUAAAUGGGUAAUAAAUCUAAAUGCCCAAUAAUGCCUUAGCAAAUCUUAAGAUGUGUUGUAUUAAAAUUACUGAAAUGGCUACCCAACAAAGAAUUAUAAUCAUUGCAGACAACAACCAAGAUAACUGUUUUGAGAUUCUGCUACAAAAUUGUUAUGAUACAUAUGGUAUACCAAUCAUUUUUACAAAUUAUAGCUCCAAGGGGUGCCAAGGUCAAAGCUUUGGGAUAGGAUCAAUUUGAUUAUUAUGAUGUCAAUAGGACCUUCGGUUUAUUGAUAUCGAUAAUGGAUUAUGCGGACAUUCAAUUGUUAUGUUAUCUCCUUACUCAAAUGUUUGAUUUAAACACGUUUGCAAAGGAGUUGGACUUAGAUGACUAUGAUAGAUACAAGGAGAAUUCCGUAGUGAAAAAGGAAGUGAAUAGCGAGUGUUGCUAUAGAUUCUUUAUCAGUAUGAGUGUAUUGUUAAUUGCAGCUUCGAAAUACAGAAUUCCAGUAACGAUUUCAUAUUUGGGAAUUAACGAUAAGCCAAUAGGAGUUAGACUGUAGGUUUUCGAUGAAUUCAAUCUGAGCGAAAAUGGAAUGUUUUUUACUAUCACCGCUGGAGUGUGGGAUAAGUAGAAGAAGGAAACAAUAAAUGGAUCAUAAGUAUAUCAUAAAAGAGUUAUAAGAAAAAAAGAAAGCCACCCAAGUAUAUUUAGUGCAAUAAGAUGACCACUGAUUAUCACUUGAACUUCAUUUUAUAAUCCAUAGGUUGGCAGGUCAUCUUUGAAAGUGUUUCAAUCAACUAGGAGAAUUUAUAAGCUAGUCGUAUUCUGAAUGACAACAAGACUACUUUAGUUGAUCGCUUAGAAAACAUAUUAAAUAUUAUUAUUAAAAAUUGA